UGCAGAGGCCUUCUGGCAUUAAUUAUAAAAUAACCUUAUGCCUUCAGCUUAUUAUGCUAGUUCAUUGUUGUGCUAUUCGUUGUUUACUACUGGCUCGUUGUUCAAGUGAGAGCACGAGUGAUUAAGAUUCGUGAACUCGACAUAUUAUGGAUCAAGGUAACGCAAUCGAGCGAGUUGGGAAUCUGAAUCUUUUUGAGAUGGGCUCAAACUGUGGGGAUACAAAUAGUGAAGCUGAAUCUAUCAGCGAAGAAGAGAGAGUAAGAAGACUAUUUGCUGUUUGCGAUGCAGAUGGAGAUGGUUAUAUAGACAGCCAAGAUUUAGUUAGUGCCCUGCAAGAGCUAGGAUUGGAAGGAGCUAUCAAUGUUAGUGACCUAAUGCAACAGAUGGGUGCUGACACCCAUGGAAAAGUUUCCUAUGAACAAUUUCUGCAAUGUCGCCUAUCCCAUAGAACAGAAAUUGAAGCGUUACGUGUUCAUGGUACAGAGACAAGCCUUCCACAUUCCAGUGGUUGGAUCAAUGCAAAUGAUCUAUGUGGCCUCUAUGGUGCAGAUCAUUUGCCCACUAGCAGUGAACACAGCUUAGGUGCGAUUUCGCUUCGACAUGAAAGUUGGGAAUUCGACAGUGGUGCCCGUGAUUUGAGUCCAGAACCAAAUACGCUUUACAAGCUUAUUGAAGCAGCUGGAAUCUCGCUUACAUCCAAUCCUAGCCAGAUAUUGGAAAUAGCUAACAAGCUACACCUGACCGCGCUGGGCUCACUUCGUGGAGAAAUAGGAGAACUCCAUGCGAGAUUGCAGAGAGCUGCGCAAGAUCGGGACACGCUCGAACAAGCUCUUGCGAAAACACAGCUGGAGCGAUUGCGAUUGGUGCAGGAAAGUGAGGAACGGUUGGAACGCCAGUCCACCCAAUAUGAAGAACGACUGACGGAAUUGCAUAGCGUCAUCGCUGAGCUGACUCGGAAAUUAAACCGACAACAGUACAACGUCAUCAAAGAAGAGGGAGAAGAAGAGGAAACGGAAGAAGACGAAGAGGAAGAAGAUGAUGAGGAUGACGUCGAAAGUGAAGGCGAGGAGAGAAAUAAAGGGAAGCACCCCCAUCUCGAAAUAAAAGGCUCCGCCAAGUCUAAUAUAAAGCCAGAGGCAUCCACUCAGAACAAGCGAGCCGAAGAGGUCGGCUAUAGCUUGCUGGAUGGCCAAGAUGCGACCGAAGACGAGCCCGAAGCCGUUUCCAGCAGCUGCAGUAGCGAUCUCUCUUUCGGUGCCAGCUCUUCCGAUGAGGAUGGCGCAGUGCCAGCAGGUGAAGCGAACCAGGCCGGCGAAGAUGAUCUAGACGCCAAAGCCGUUCAGGCUGGAGAAAAUCUCGACCAGUUUCUUUCCGCCAGUGCCAAAGAAACUUCCGCUACGAUUGUUGAUCCUUUGACCUCGUUCAGCUUGGAAAACAAAGAACUGAAAGUGGAAAUUCUACGACUCGGCCAAGAUUUGAACCAGGCUCAUGAAGCUGUGGACGCCCUACGCAAUGAGCGCGAUGAGCUAAAGCGACAGUUGGAAAUGAGCCAACAGCCCCGGCCUCUACCUCUGUCGGCGGCCGCCAGCAUGGGAGCGCUUUCCAGCCUCCAAGGCAGCCCAGUACACCAGCGAUUUACGUCAAGCCGUGUAUCUAGCCCAGUAGUCGUCGAAGAAGGCCCUGUCUGCAAGGUUGCCGAACGGGUGCGCAUUCGUCGAUUAGAUGGUCGAGAAAAACUCUUGACCGGUUCUCAAAUUGCCAGUUUCGGGAUACGCGAUGCUCGUGUGGCUGAGCAGUUGGUCUGUGCGGUCCACCAGGAUUCAGUACAAGGCGAAGCACAUCAUUCCUCGGGAGCCGAGGCUGUACGUGUCAAUGAAUUGGAAUUGGAAGUUGAACGAUUGGCAAGCCGAUCCGAGCAUUUGCGAGCCCAAAACGACGUUCUUUCCCUAACGCUUGCUGAAUCUCGAGCUCUCGGCGAACGUCUCGCCGUCCUUCUUGGAAAAUACGAGUCGAAUUGCAUGGCUUUACGCCUGGCCCUGGAGCGGGCCGAUCGGGUUUCAGAAGCCUUUGAAGUUCUCGCUGCUUUGGUGGAGAGUGAAAUGUCUUUACUCUUGGCUAAUUGCCAAGUGGCUGGUCUCGGGCUGACGGGUCGUGGUGGGUCUGGUUGGGAAACGGAAACCAGUGGCAACAGCAAAGAUCUCAGCGUUCUUUGGAAACGUGCUACCGAGCGCAGGCGUUCGGCUGAAAACCUUGCCCGAUCCCUUCUUUCCAAAUACGAUCGUGAUCGCGACAAUUGGGAAGACACUGGGAGGCAUACUAAUACGACUAGCUCCACUUCUAGUGGAGCAGAAAGUGGUUCGGGAUCGGGAUCCAACCCUGCAUGUACCCUAGAGCCUACAGAAAGAAAGGUGCGAGAUAUAAUUGGCCGAUUGAAAGGUGAUAGAGCCAGCUUGGAAAACACAGUUCAACAAGUUUCGCUACCGUUAGAAUCAGUUUUGGUUGAUCCUUUGCCGAAAGACGUUUUACCUUUAGGAGAGGCUCGGAAAAUAGAUCUUGAGAUGGCUGUUAUCAUGCAGGAGCUGAUGGCCAUGAGAGAAGAGCGUUCACGACUCCGAACUCAGGUUUAUAUUCUUGAAAAAGAACGAGCUGCACAUGAAGCCCAACAACAAGCAGCUACUGCGCAACUGCGAAUUCUGCACUCAGCCGGAAUAAGUCCAGAAGCGUCAGGCGAAAAGCCUGUGCCGCCAACUGAUGCAGCCGAUGGAGAUGACGUAACAGUUCGAGAAAAGAGACUCCAAUUGAAAAUCCAAGAAUUGACAGGAGCACUUGAACGCGUCACAACAAGUGCCGACCUCCGUAGCCAACAAUCGGCGGAGCUAGUGAGCGACGUAAAGAAAGCCAAUGCAACGCUGGUUCAACUUCUUGAGAGGACUAAGAAAAAAUACCAGUCUCGGUUAAAAAGAUUAGAGCAGCAGAUGGUGAACAUGUCCGAAAGACAUGCAAUGCAGGUUCGUGUCCUCAAGCAACGAGUUUUGGCACUGGAAGAUGAGUCUUCCGUUCGUCCAUUACCACUGAGCUCUGCUCCAAAACCGGAUCUCCAUAUUCUUGGUCUACAUAGGAGUAAGGUGGUCGCUAGGCCGUUGAUCACGGUUUAUAAUGAGAAGGCUGAGGCCUCGGGUACGAGCAUUCAGCUCCCCGCAAUCUUCAGGGCUCCAAUCAGACCCGAUAUUGUCAGCUUUGUUCAACAACAAAUGUCGAUGAACCGUCGCCACCCGUAUUGUGUCAGCGAGAAAGCAGGUCAUCAGACAAGUGCUGAAUCAUGGGGUACUGGUCGUGCUGUGGCACGUAUUCCCCGUGUUCGAGGUGGUGGUACUCACCGUUCCGGCCAGGGUGCCUAUGGUAACAUGUGUCGUGGUGGACGUAUGUUUGCCCCCACUAAGAUCUGGCGCCGUUGGCAUCGCAAGAUCAAUGUAAACCAGAAACGUUACGCCUUGUGCUCGGCUAUCGCUGCUUCGGGAAUCCCAUCUUUGGUUAUGUCCAAAGGGCAUUUGAUUAAUGAUGUCCCGGAGAUGCCCCUGGUUGUCUCGGAUAAGGUUCAAGAGUACAACAAAACCAAACAAGCUGUUGUGUUGUUGCGCCGUCUUCGCGCAUGGACCGAUGUUCAGAAGGUUUACAAGACCAGACGUUUCCGUGCUGGCAAAGGAAAGAUGCGCAACCGUCGCCGCACUAGCAAGUUGGGUCCUUUGAUUAUCUACGGCAAGGACCAGGGUUUGACCAAGGCUUUCCGUAACAUCCCCGGCGUCUCGUUGGUGUCUGUCAACAAACUUAACCUCUUGAAGCUUGCUCCUGGAGGCCACGUUGGUCGUUUCUGUAUCUGGACCGAAUCUGCCUUCCAACGUUUGAAUGCCCUUUACGGCACAUGGCGUGAGAAGUCCAAGCUGAAGAGCGAUUACAACUUGCCUCAGCCGAUCAUGACUGGCACAGAUUUGUCGCGAUUGCUGAAGUCUGAUGAAAUCCAGAAGGUCAUCAGACGACCAAGGCAAAUGGUGCGUCGCGCAUCUGUUAAACGCAAUCCUCUUACCAACAUGAGGGCGUUGAUGAAAUUGAACCCGUACUCCGCCGUGAUUAAGAAGUCUGCUGCUGCGGUUGCUGAAGCCAGGAAGAAGAGCAAGGCUGCUUUGCUCGAGAAGAAGCGAGAGUCCUUAGUACCCGAAUCGAAUUUACCUGUUGAAAAGCCGAAAGAGGAAACGCCUGUUCAAGCACCAGUUCAAGAUGUCAAACCAAUUCAAGUCCUUCCCGUUGACGCCCCUAAACCUACUCAACCAGAAUCGAAGAAAGGCAAGAAGUACCGGUCGGAAGCUGCGAAGAAUUCUCAAAUAGAGCCAAUGGAUACCUCCGAAUCUCUAGUUGAGGUCAAGACUGCGAAAUCUCCCGCAAAAGACCCGGCUCCACAAAUCGCUACUAUCCCCAAUGAACCUGUAACCAAAGUUUCAGGUAAAAACGAGGCAAUGGAAGUAACACCAGACGCUAAAGCGAAAACCGGAGCUCCUGUCAAGGGAAAAUCGCCGCCAAUUGCCAUCCCAGCUGUCACUGAUGUGAAGCCUACGACUCCAGUUCUUGCUGAAACUGCCCCGAACACUAAGCCGGUAGAAGAAACUUCUGCAACUCAAGUUGCAGUAGACGAAGCUGCAGCCGAAAAAGGAUCCAAGUCCAAGAAAGCAAAGGGGAAGAAAAACAAGAAGGAAUGAUUGACAUCAUUUAACCAGUGUCUGUAUGACGUUUUCUCUGCGACAUCUGAAUAAACCUUCUGCAGGCUGAAA